UCCGCGAGAGGAACUACGUCGACACAAGAUGACGGGGACUCACGUUGUACGUUCAGGUGGGGUCCGCGCCGCGCCGGAGCCUUCGCGUUCCACGAUGACAGGCUCGCCACGCUGCGGGGGUCCGUAGGCAUGCGCGUCAGGCUUUCAGACUAAGAGCACAAACUGAAGCCUUACGAUUUCUGGCGGGUCUGCGCUCUCGCCGCGGCUCGGGCUGCUCACGGACCGGUCUCCUCGUCCCCCUCCUCCCCACCCCGAAAGCUAAGUUACUGAUACAGGGCAGCAUCAGCUUACUGUUGGCAGGUCCCUGGGCAGACAGCGUGUGAGAUGGGACGGACAUCAAAGGACAAGCGGGAUGUCUACUACCGCCUGGCCAAGGAGAAUGGCUGGCGUGCCCGCAGUGCCUUCAAGCUGCUACAACUUGACGAGGAAUUCCACCUCUUCCAAGGUGUGACACGGGCAGUUGACCUGUGCGCAGCCCCGGGCAGCUGGAGCCAGGUGCUGAGCCAGAAAAUUGGGGGCCAGGGUUCUGGCCAUGUGGUGGCCGUGGACCUUCAGGCUAUGGCUCCAUUACCAGGUGUGUUACAGAUCCAAGGGGACAUCACCCAGCUGUCCACUGCCAAGGAGAUCAUCCAGCACUUUGAGGGCCGCCCAGCGGACCUAGUGGUGUGCGACGGGGCUCCUGACGUAACUGGCCUCCAUGAUGUUGAUGAGUAUAUGCAGGCCCAGCUCCUCCUAGCCGCUCUCAACAUUGCUACACACGUGUUGAAGCCAGGAGGCUGCUUUGUAGCCAAGAUCUUCCGAGGCCGGGAUGUGACCCUGAUCUAUAGCCAGCUGCGCGUCUUCUUCUCCAGCGUGCUGUGUGCCAAGCCCAGAAGCAGCCGGAACUCCAGCAUAGAGGCCUUCGCUGUCUGUCAGGGUUAUGACCCCCCUGAAGGCUUCCUUCCGGACCUGACCAAACCCCUGCUGGACCACUCUUACGAUCCAGAUUUCAACCAAUUGGAUGGUCCCACUCGCAUCAUAGUGCCAUUUGUGACCUGUGGGGACCUAAGCUCCUAUGAUUCGGACCGCAGUUACCCACUGGACCUAGAGGACGGCUCAGAGUACAAGUAUACUCCACCCACGCAGCCCCCCAUCUCGCCACCGUACCAGGAGGCCUGCACGUUGAAGAAGAAAGGGCGGCUGGCCAAGGAGAUCCGUCCCCAGGACUGCCCCAUCAGCACAGCGGACACGUUGUCGCAGCCCCUGGCUGCUUCCCAGCGCCACACCCUGCUGGCCUCUGAGGUGGAAGACAAUGAAAUGAAUUGUUCACCUUAAUACAUUCAGGUAAAUUUGCCUUUUUAUCUAACAGUUUGAGUAAAGGGCACCUUUAAGAAAAAGAAAAAUUUCACCUUUGAAAUGUUUUUUUUAUUAUU